GAGAUCUUCAGCUACCUAUAUAUAUAUUUUUUUUUUUUUUUCCGCUUGAUCUUAUUUUAUUCCGGCAGCACGUAUCUCCACCCCUCCUCCCUCCUCCCCCCUCCCUCUCCAGGUUGAUCGGCUGAAAUGAGGCUUUGCGCGCUGAUCCCUUCUCGGGCUUUAAAACAAAACCCGGCCCGGCGCAGCCGGCAGCGGCUCGGGGCGCCUCGGCGCUGAAGCGAGGCAGGAUACCGCGGAGCGGGGCGGCGGCUCCCGCGGAAACUUCGCUGGGAAAAUAAACCUCCACCACUUUCCUGGAGAUCCACGUGAGAACAGGAAAGCCCGACUGCAAGAUCUCAGCGCUGCUGCUGCUGCCUGCUGCAAUUUUACUUUUUGUUUGCCUUGAUUUUUUUUUUUUCUGUUUGUUUGUUUGUUCUUACUUUCAUUUUGGAACCGGUUCCCAGCUGCUUGGCUGAACUUCUGGAGACCAAUGGACUUCUUAUAUUGCCUUCCUCUGUUUUAAACAAACUACGGACGCUUAAACUUUUCUCUUUCCCCCUCCCCCUCGCUCCUUAACCCCCACCCGUCAGCUCAUGGGGCUAACACUGCGAAGCAGCCGCAGCAGAGGGAGAAAUACACAGGCACUGAUUUAUUUUCCCGUCUCCUAAAUUGCAGUUAAUUCUUCUCAUCGUCCUCCUCAUCACCCAUUCUCUCGAGCUUUUUUGGCUGCCGGGUGUCGAUCUGUGCAUUGUUUUAUCUGAUCUCCAUUCUUUUGUUGUUGUUGUUUAAAUGCCAUGCACUGCUUAUCUAGAGAGAAAGCUAUAUGGAGAUAGAGGCAUAUAGUGAAUGCGCGUGUGUUUCUAUAAGACUAUCCAGGGAGCGGAUCAGAAGCAACCCGGAUCCUGACCCUGACUGUAUGAAUAAGUAAGCAGGAUGCUGACGACUGUGUGUUAGUUGCCUGUAAGGUUUUCGUAAGUUAAAGGGGGACGGAGGAGGUGGGGGGACACACACGCACACACAGACCAGAGACAGAGCUUAGAGUAAGUGUUUGUGCGGAGGAGGGGGAAGCUCUGACACUUUUCUCUGCUCCCUCCAGCAUAGCUGCUGCCUCCCAUCACCAGCGCUCCGCGGUUUGCUCCAGUGCACCCCACCACCCCCACCCUCGCUCCCUUUUCUUUCCUUCCUCCGUUCUUUCUCUUUCCCCCUCUCCCCGUGGUAGUUUGCUGAUGUGCAGCCCGGAUCCAUCUUCUGGCAGCAGCAGCAGCAGCGGGACCGGGCGCAGCGGGGCGCGGGCCGGGCGCGGAGCGGGACGCGGGCAGCGGCCGCCGCCGCCUCCUCCUCCUCCGCGGGAAGUUUGGCUGGGGUUUGACAGAGGCGAGGGGACGCCCUGACAGACAGGAUCUCCCGGCCUGAGUCCUCCCCCUGCGCCCACCCACACACCCAGCGACUUCUCCCCGGCGAGGUGGCGGGCUGGGGGCAGGAGGGGCAGCGGCGCUCAUGCUCCUCACUCUGUGUUGCACCCGCCUGACUGGGGCUACCUAGGGAGCACCGUCUCUCGGAAGAGCCUCCAGGUGGAGAAGGAAAAAAAAAAAACAAACCCUCAGCCCAACCCCCCCUUCCCCCUUCCCUCCCCCCCCCCCCCCCCCGCCCCAAACCCCUGUGGUUCCUCCGUCCCUUACCCUCCUUUCCCAAGCCGGCGUGGACAGCUGAACCGGCCGCCUAAUUCAUCCGCACCCUGCCCACCACCUCUCUGCCCGAGGGAGGAUGAAAAUGCUUUGCUGGAGGAUGGCACUGUGGCUGGCCGGGUGGACUGUCUGUGGGAAGCCUUCCUCCUGCUCUGGCCUUGAUUAUGACUACACUUACGAUUUCACUGAAGAGGAUAAAGCUGAGGCGAUAGAUUAUAAGGAUCCUUGCAAAGCCGCUGUCUUUUGGGGAGAUAUUGCCUUAGAUGAUGAAGACUUAAAAAUCUUUCAAAUUGACAGGACGAUUGACCUUACGCAGCACUCCAACGAAAGACUUGGCCAUAACACAGGUGGCUUUGCAGAAUAUGGGAUGUCAAAAAAACGAGGUGCCCUCUAUCAGCUUAUAGACAGGAUAAGAAGAUUUGGCUCUGGCUUUGAGCAAAAUAAUACAUCUAAAGGAAGAGCUACUGUAAAAUUCUCAGGGAAAAAUGAGAAAAACCGAUUUCCCAGAGCUGCUACAUCACGAACAGAAAGAAUAUGGCCAGGGGGUGUCAUUCCAUAUGUAAUAGGUGGAAAUUUCACUGGCACCCAGCGAGCCAUGUUCAAACAAGCUAUGCGGCACUGGGAAAAGUACACAUGUGUUACAUUUAUUGAACGAACUGAUGAAGAAAGUUAUAUUGUAUUUACGUACAGACCAUGUGGGUGCUGUUCUUAUGUGGGUCGAAGGGGAAAUGGUCCGCAGGCUAUAUCUAUUGGCAAGAACUGUGAUAAAUUUGGUAUAGUUGUCCAUGAGUUGGGUCAUGUGAUAGGUUUUUGGCAUGAGCAUACACGACCAGACCGUGAUGACCACGUCACCAUCAUUAGAGAAAACAUCCAGCCUGGUCAGGAAUACAACUUCUUGAAGAUGGAGCCUGGAGAGGUGAACUCCCUUGGGGAACCAUACGACUUUGACAGCAUUAUGCACUAUGCCAGGAACACCUUCUCAAGGGGCAUGUUUCUGGAUACCAUUCUCCCUUCCCGUGAUGAUAAUGGUAUACGACCUGCCAUUGGCCAGCGUACUCGUCUAAGUAAAGGAGAUAUUGCACAGGCAAGAAAGCUGUAUAGAUGUCCAGCCUGUGGAGAAACACUACAGGAAUCUACAGGCAACUUUUCUUCUCCAGGAUUUCCAAACGGUUAUCCUUCCUACACACACUGCAUAUGGAGAAUCUCUGUGACCCCAGGGGAGAAGAUUGUUUUAAACUUCACCACCAUGGACCUUUACAAGAGCAGUCUCUGUUGGUACGACUAUAUUGAAGUGAGAGAUGGCUACUGGAGAAAAUCACCUCUGCUUGGCAGGUUUUGUGGUGACAAACUGCCAGAAGUCCUCGCAUCCUCUGACAGCAGGAUGUGGAUCGAGUUCCGCAGCAGCAGCAACUGGGUUGGGAAAGGUUUUGCAGCAAUUUAUGAAGCUAUCUGUGGAGGUGAAAUCCACAAAAACGAAGGCCAGAUCCAGUCUCCCAAUUAUCCUGAUGACUACAGACCAAUGAAGGAAUGUGUGUGGAAAAUAACAGUGUCAGAAAACUACAAUGUAGGAUUAACCUUUCAAGCAUUUGAGAUUGAAAGACAUGACAACUGUGCAUAUGACUACUUGGAAAUUCGAGAUGGAACAAACGAGAACAGUCCUUUAAUUGGACACUUUUGCGGCUAUGACAAGCCAGAAGACAUUAGAUCUACCUCUAAUACUCUGUGGAUGAAGUUUGUUUCUGAUGGAACUGUUAACAAAGCAGGGUUUGCAGCUAACUUUUUUAAAGAGGAAGAUGAAUGUGCCAAACCUGACAAUGGUGGCUGUGAGCAGCGCUGCGUAAAUACUCUGGGCAGCUACCAGUGCGCCUGUGAUCCUGGCUAUGAACUUGGUCCUGACAAAAAGAGUUGUGAAGCUGCUUGCGGAGGACUCCUGACAAAGCUAAAUGGGACUAUAACCACACCAGGGUGGCCCAAAGAGUAUCCUCCAAACAAAAACUGUGUGUGGCAGGUGGUUGCCCCGACGCAAUACAGAAUUUCAAUGAAGUUUGAGUUUUUUGAGUUAGAAGGGAAUGAAGUUUGCAAAUACGAUUAUGUGGAGAUUCGUAGUGGCCUUUCUUCUGACUCUAAACUACAUGGUAAAUUCUGCGGUACUGAAGUGCCUGAAGUUAUCACCUCUCAGUACAACAACAUGCGAAUUGAGUUCAGAUCUGACAACACUGUGUCAAAAAAAGGCUUCAAGGCACACUUCUUCUCAGACAAGGAUGAGUGUUCAAAGGACAAUGGUGGCUGUCAGCACGAGUGCAUCAACACAGUAGGAAGCUAUGUUUGCCAGUGCCGAAAUGGAUUUGUGCUACAUGAAAACAAGCAUGACUGCAAGGAGGCUGAGUGUGAACAGAAGAUCCACAGUCCCAACGGCAUCAUCACGAGUCCCAACUGGCCUGACAAGUAUCCCAGUAGAAAGGAGUGCACGUGGGAAAUCAGUGCCACCCCUGGGCAGAGGGUCAAACUGACCUUCAACGAAUUUGAGAUAGAACAACAUCAAGAAUGUGCUUACGACCACUUGGAAGUGUUUGAUGGUGAAAGUGAAAAAUCACCAAUUCUGGGACGCUUAUGCGGCAAUAAGAUACCAGAUCCUCUUAUGGCUACUGGCAACAAAAUGUUUCUCCGCUUUAUUUCUGAUGCAUCAGUUCAAAGAAAAGGCUUCCAAGCAACGCACUCUACAGAGUGUGGUGGUCGGCUGAAAGCUGAAACCAAGCCCAAAGAUCUGUACUCCCAUGCUCAGUUUGGUGAUAACAACUACCCGGUUCAGGCAGACUGUGACUGGCUCCUGGUGGCAGAGCGCAGCCAUCGAGUCGAGUUAAUGUUUCAGACUUUUGAGGUUGAAGAAGAGGCAGACUGUGGCUACGAUUACGUGGAGCUCUUUGAUGGUCAUGAUAAGACAGCUGUGAGACUUGGCCGAUUUUGUGGGUCUGGGCCACCAGAAGAAAUUUAUUCAGCAGGGGAAGCUCUUUUACUUCACUUUCACACUGAUGAUACAAUCAACAAGAAAGGAUUUCAUAUACGAUACAGAAGUAUAAAAUAUCCAGAUAGUGUGCACACCAAAAAAUAACACAAGAACCUCUAUGCCAGAAAAGAAGUGAGAAAGAAAGAACGCACAGUGGAAAGGAAGGAUGGCGUGUCUUUUUUUUUAACUGAAGUUAGUAGCACAAAUGUUUUGUAUGAGUUCAGUUGAAACGACAACUUAUAAGACCAGAGACUGAAAUAAAAUUAAAAAAACUAAAUCACCUAUCCCAGUGGAAUAGACAAGAUGAUGAUAUGCAGGCUCCAUACGUGACUGUCUCUGCAAAGCUUGUGAAAGGACUUCGCAUGCAGGGAGAACAUAAAAGCUUUUGUUCGUGGUUUGACAUUUGUCAUAGAUAGAGUGCAGAUUCUGUCAGUCGCAUUCAGGGGAAGUGACCCUGCAGACCGUUCUUCCUUCUGACAAUUGUAUGGUGUCCAGGAGGAAAAAAAGUUCUUUCAGGUCACACACUCAAAAUACUGUCCUUAGGUCUAGUUGCUCUGACUUUGUAUCCUGCAUAUGGUGUGUACAAGUACUUGAAAGAAGAUAUGGAAUGGGAAGGUCUUUCUGCAUUGUUCUGUAUUUUUUAAAAAUUCAUCUGUCAUAUCAGGUUAUCAGUGUUUUGAAACUGGAAAAUCCUCCUUCUGAAACAUAACUGAUCUUUAGAGUAUUUUGUUUUACUAAUGACUGAAAAGUCUGAACUGUUACAUUAGUCAUCACUAGUUGACCAAUCACUAGCUGACUGAAUCUGAACAGUGUAAGCAUCUGAAAAUGUUUGGUUUACUGGUUAAGUAAGCUAUCUCUGAUGAUGUGCUCUUAUUUUGCACUGAACACAGAAAGAGACUGAGAUGAAAACCUGUCCCGAAUCAAAAUCUGUAUCCAUGAGAAACAGAAGUAGUCAAGGAUCAUCUGAAACUCCUCCUACUGAAUUUUUUUUUUUAGUAGUACAUUUGGAACCACUACUAAGCUUUAUUUCUUUGGACCUCUUUGUGAAUGACUUAAUUGUCUGGUUUAGCUAAUCAGAAAUGAAGACGUAGUAGUAUCUAAGAGGGAGGUUUCCCAAAGAGGGUUUUUUUCUCGGAGUGAGGGUAUCUGUGAUGGUGAAAAAAGCAAACCAAAACAAGAGACCCAGGAUUUAUUUGUUAUCAAGAGUGAAUUCCUAUGGUGCUAUUCCAUGAACAUUAAAAACAAAAACAAACCAAGAAGUUUUAGACUUUUGAGCCAACAGCUUGCAGAUCAUGAAUGUCUCACUACGCCUGGCUGCAUCUGGAGAAGGAAGGCUUUACUGCUCCAAGGAAGAGCGGGUUGCAACAGCAGCGCUAGUCCUGUGGAACAACUACUACUAUUGCCUUAGAAUCCUCGCACACGGUCAGACAGAUCUUCCUGUAGAUUCACCUCUAAUUUGAUGCAUAAUUCGACAAUGGACUUCGCAUAUGCUAACAAAAGGAUCUUCAAGUGAAAGCCCCAUCUGCAGAGCAAGAUCAUCUGCUGUAAAUACAGUGACCUGCUUUUGAUGUAGAGAUAUGUUAUGUUUAGAACUGAGAUAUUCUAUGUGCUUUAGGCCAUACAUGGGCUUUAGUCAUAAUGUACAUGCAUUAUGUAAGUAUUGUAUGAAUGAGUGCUCCAGGGGAGUGAGAGGUAUUGUAUGGGUGAAAAUUGAAUUGUUUCUUUAUGUGCCAAGUUCUAUCAGGACCCUGUUUGACUGUAGCAACUUUUCUUUAAAGGCUUCAUAGACAGAUAACAAGGACUUCUAGUUGGCAAGAAACAUGUUUAAACGAAGUAUUAUGUUUCACUUACAAGAAAUAUUAUUUUGAUAUCCUUUGAUGUAAGUUGCUACUCAGAUUAGCUUAGUUUCUGUUACCUUACUAUGAACAUACAUUGGCACUAAUAAAUCUGAUCUUUUUUUUAUAAAAAUAAAAACCAA